CACACUUGACCUUCUGGCGAAAUAAAUUUGGGCGCAAAAAUAUCUAUUUUUGGGAUUUCAAAGAAACUUACUGGGCAUGGAGGACACCACGGGAGCAGAGCAGGAUGCGGACAACGUGAUCCGCAUCCUGGUGGCCACCGACAACCAUCUGGGUUAUGGCGAGAAGGACGCAGUCCGCGGCGAGGACAGUUUCACAGCCUUUGAGGAGAUCCUGGAACUGGCGGUGUCCGAGGAUGUGGACAUGAUUCUGCUGGGCGGCGACCUCUUCCACGACGCGGUGCCCAGCCAGAACUCUAUGCACAAAUGCAUAGAGCUCCUGCGGCGCUACACCUUUGGCGAUCGGCCAGUUUCUUUGGAGAUCCUUAGUGACCAGGCGCAGUGCUUUCAUAAUGCCGUCAACCAGUCGGUGAACUACGAGGACCCCAACCUGAACAUCGCCAUUCCGGUGUUCUCCAUUCACGGCAAUCACGACGAUCCCAGUGGCUUCGGUCGCCUGAGCUCCCUGGAUCUGCUGAGCACCUCGGGUCUGGUCAAUUACUUUGGCCGCUGGACGGACCUCAGCCAGGUGGAGAUCAGCCCCGUCCUGAUACGCAAGGGCGAGAGCCAGCUGGCUCUGUACGGACUUAGCCACAUCCACGAUGGGCGGCUGGCCAGACUCAUCAAGGACUUCAAGGUCAAGUUCAACUGCCCCGAAACGGUUGCGCAAGGCGAAGCCGGCGAUGAGUCGAAGGAGGAAGAGGACUGGUUCCAUUUGUUGGUGGUGCACCAAAACCGCGCCGAACGAGGCCCAAAGAACUACCUGCCCGAGGACUUGCUUCCGCCGUUCCUUCACCUGGUGAUCUGGGGCCACGAACACGACUGCCGCAUCGAGCCGGAGGAGAAUGCCAAGAAGCGUUUCUAUGUUUCCCAGCCGGGCUCUUCGGUGCCCACUUCCUUGUCCGAGGGCGAGGCCAAGAAGAAGCACGUCGGCCUGCUGGAGAUCUACAAGGGGAAGUUCAAGCUUAAGGCCCUUCCGCUGCAGACCGUGCGUCCCUUCGUCUACGAAUCCGUCGUAUUGCCUGACCGUGCCGAGGAAUUGGGUCUGGACGAGGGCGAUGCCUCCAACAAAGUGUUUAAAUUCGCGAAGGAACGAGUGGAAGUCAUGCUUGAGAAGGCGGCGACACAGCACACCGGUCAUCCCAGGCAGCCUACGCUUCCGCUCAUCCGGCUGAGACUUCUCUACACCGACGAGUCAUGCAUGUUUAAUGCGAUUCGGUUUGGCCAAAUGUUCAGCACGCGGGUUGCCAAUGUUCAGGAUGUGGUGCAGUUCAGCAAGCUGAUCAAACGUACCAAAACGGAGACCGUCAAUCUGGACAAAGAGGCCUUGCGACGCGCACUGGAGGCGGAUAAUGCCACUCGAGUGGAGGAGCUGGUGGAUCGUUACUUCGAAGAGGCCAAGUCCAAUAAACCUCUGAGGUUGUUCCACUCCAAGGCGCUAGCAGAGUUGACCUAUCGUCUGGUGGAGCGAAGGGAUGCUGAUGCUGCUGAAAAUAUUGUCAAGUUCUACAAGGAAAAGGCAGUGGAUCAUCUAAUGGAGUCCAUGCCCAACGAUGAGAACGUCGACGACGAGCUGACGACAUUUAGGGUACGCCACAAACACGAGGAUCUGCUGAAAAUGCUCGAUACUCAGGGUCUGAAGGUGAAGCGUGAAGAUAAGUCCACAACCGUCUUGGGUAGCGAGGCAAGCACAUCCACAGUAACUGCGACGGGACGUGGGCGAGGACGGGGUCGUGGAACAGCUCGAGGUCGAACCGCUGCUGCAGCCGCUCCACGUGGCAAGGCCCAACUGGAAGUGACCGUUAAUAACACGCGUUCUUCGGGUCGACAGCAAACGCUUCUAAGCAACGUUCGAAAUACUGCCAGCUAUGUUAUAUCGGAUGAUUCUGAUUAAAUCACAUUCCGAAGCCCCCAUAUUGUUUACCCCAAAGCUGAAUAAAGAGGAACUUUCUUUCAUAUUAACUCCUAGAGUA